AUGCCCACGCCCGGUCUCAUCGCUUCGGCGCGCCGCGCCUCGUCCAUCUGCCGGACUAUUGUAUCCUUCUGCUGGAGUCUUGGGCACGUAGAGGUGCUCGUUGCUUCAGCCACGAUAUCAAUUGCUCAAGGCUACAUCGGCCUCUGCAUCCUUACUUUGUUCUGCCUCGCCUGUGUGCUCGUCUUCCGCUCGGGGCCGGUGGCGACGCUUCCGGAAGUUGCGCCACCGCCUACUGCCAUGCACUCUAUGUCCGGGCUCCACCACCGGUCCGGCCUCGUUGUCUACUCCGAUUCUCAAUUAUCCUUGCCUUCUUCAGACGAAUCCGACUGCCCCUUAGAUAUGUCGUAUAGCAACGACUCGGACUCGAGUACAAUGGAUAGCCCGCCACCCAAGUACAACUGCAAUGUUGAUCAAGACAAUCUACAAGGGUCGUCGCCGGGCUUGUUCUACAAAGAGCUGCACCCGGCCAUAGACGCUUCCGGACUCGUCUCUGCUCCUGAUUCCCGCCUGGCUGACUGUUGCUUGUGUCGUUCGACGGCUUCUGCCCGUGUUCCCGCGGAUGCAGGACGUGGCACAGCUACUCCGAAUGCACCUGUAACACAUCCUCAGGACGUGCGUCCUUCAACAAAGGUCCUCGAGGAGAGCAAACCUAGUUCGGAUGUGGAUACGGUUAAGCCCGAGGUGCCGCAGCGCAAUCAACUGCCGGACCUACACAACCCUCACAUCGCACAACAUGGUGUCUUUCUUCGCCGCCCUGAUCUCCUGCAUUCCGCGGUGGAGUACUGGCAGUGCCAGACUGUACAUGCGCGCAUCGUCUUUGACAUUAGGCGACCGUUCGUACUGGCUGAAAGGGUCCGGUGUGAAGAAGAGCAGAAGCGGCAGGGUGCGAUUGAGGCGCUUUGCGCGCAACUGGAAGAAGACAGGAAACAACGGGAGAUUGCGGAGUGGUUGAACGAAAAGGAGAAGAGGGAAGCAGAAUGGAGGCGCGUGCAGGCGGAGUCGUACGCCAGAAGUCUUGAGGUCGAUCGGAUGGGUCAGGACAUGGACAUGGACAUGGCAGAGACCGGCGCCGACCUGCUAACGACGCAGGACGUGGACGUGGAGAUGGCUCAAGAUGAUGAUCGGGCCAACACUCCGCCACACUCAGUAUUAUUCGGCAACUCGCCGGCCAUCGCGAUACCUCAGCUCUUGCUGAAUGAUCAACCUUUACAACUUCCAUCAACCUCUCCCACAUCACCUAUCACUACCUCUCAGACUAAUAUCUCUGCCCAGCCAUGGAACUUUCAACCUCCCUUUUCUGCUCGCAGUCUCCCAGCUUGGGCUCUCCCCUCACACCCUCCCCAACGACCCCGAAGCGUACCUCCAACCGCGCGGCCAGUCUUGUCUUCUGUUGACACUUCUCGAAGGGCAGCGUCGCCUCCACCAGCGCCGGUGCUUACGCCAACUCCUCUCCGAGCAGCGGCCGCGCCAUUCGUCCCCGGAAAGCAGACUCGCGUGGCUUCGUCAUCUUCAAUGCCCGUGCCUAAUGAGAUGGUGCUCGAUAGCCUCGAUCUCGCCGUGAACAACGGUCCCCAAGCUGGCUCAUCUCAGGUCUUGAAGACAUUGCCGGACGUCGUCGUACCACCCGAAGACACCCUUCUGGCCGCUCGCAAGACCGGUCGCGCCGCUGGUCGCGAGAGGCGGCCGGCUGCGUUCGAAGCUCGCCGUGCGCAGAAGACCGUAGCGGGCAACAAAGCAGACGGCCCCGCUCCAGGUACUGAAAAACGCGGGCGAACAAUGGCCGAGCGCCGACACCUCUUCCGUCUUCACGAGCAUCGAGGGUACAGCCCUGAUCGCCGCCGCCCUCCAACCCCGGAGAAACCUAAGGAGCCCCUCCGGCCCAUCGAGCCCACGCGCCAGCUCACAGCUGCUGAUAUCGCGGCGAUGAAGGAGGAGGCUCUCAAACGUCAUCGGGCCAGGGAUAGCGAGGAACGGCGGAACGAGAUGGUACAGAUUCAGCAGAAAAGAAUGGCGCGUAUGAAUGAGUUGAUCGCACAGGGAAAGCAUGCUCAGGCGAAUGAAAUCGCGGGAGGAACUGCGCAGAUGUGGCAGGGUUUCUUGGACAAGGAGAAGAUCGUGUCGAAGGAGGAAGGGCGGGAGCUACCACCACAUCCGUCACAGGCUGGUGGUGACGAGCUAAGCUCAGAUAGCGAAGACGAGUUAGAGGAGGUACAGAUUGUUGUUUAG